AUGCACGGGGACCGGAAGCUACGGGCCUCAGAGGGGACGACGGGAGAGACAGAGAAGAUGGAGGAGGGCGAUGGGCAGAUCCCGGAGACCAAGGGUGGAGUGCACGGCCCGGAAGAUCCGUGUGUACGAGACCGCGAUGGAGAUAAAAGAGCUGUAAGAAAAGAUGCCGCCAAAGGCGACACUGGUAUCGAUGACGACGGGCGACCCAGAACAAGAGAUCUUCUGGAGGGAGUGGACAUCUCAGGGUCGCUGAAGUUCGAGGACGUGGCCAUGACCUUCAGCCCCGAGGAGUGGACGAAACUGGGGCCCGCCGAGCGCCACCUCUACUGGGACGUGACUCUGGAGAACUACCAGAACCUCCUCUCCCUCGGUGAGCACUUUGCCCUCGGCUGCGAGCCCAUUGCCCGGAAGCCGGAGGGGGACAGGGAAGCCAUUUCCCAGAAGCCGGAGGGGAACAGGGAAGCCGUUUCCCACGGGGCGGUCUCCGGGAAGUUCUCCCAGACCACCCCCGGGCCUUCCAUGGAGGGACAGAGCCGGGAAGAUGGGAGACGGAGAAAAGUUCCCGGGCGGGAUGCCGGUUUGGGGGUCCCCGGAGAGCCCCAUAAGAAGUCCUCCCUGGGGUCUCACAGCUGUAAGGAAUACGGAAAAGCGUUCAGUCGACACUCCACCCUUGUUACGCACCAGAGAAUCCACACCAGAGAGAAACCCUACAGGUGUCACCAGUGCGAGAAGGCCUUCAGCGACCACUCGGUGCUCAUGACCCACUGGCGGAUUCACACCGGGGAGAAACCCUACCGAUGCAGCGAGUGCGGGAAGGUCUUCAGCGAGCACUCAGCCCUGACAAAACACCGGAGGAUCCACACCCGCGAGAAGCCCUACCUCUGUGGCCACUGCAGCAAGGCCUUCCGGGAUUCCUCGACCCUCAUCAAGCACCAGCGGAUCCACACGGGAGAGAAGCAGUAUGGGUGCAGCGAGUGCGGGAAGACCUUCAGGCAACGCUCCAUCCUCAUCAACCACCAGAGGAUUCACACCGGGGCCAGGCCCUACGGGUGUGACCAGUGUGGGAAGGCCUUCGGCGAUCGCUCGAUGCUCAUCAACCAUCAGAGGAUUCACACCGGAGAGAAGCCCCACGGAUGUAACGAGUGCAGAAAGGUCUUCAGUCAGAACUCGGCCCGGACGAGGCACCAGAGGAUCCACGUGGGAGAGAGACCCUAUCGCUGCGGCCGAUGUGGGAAGGCCUUCAGUGACCACACCGUCCUGGCGACGCAUCAGAAGAGUCACACCGGGGAGAGGCCUUACAGGUGCGGCGGCUGCGGGAAGGCUUUCGGGGACUCUUCGACCCUCAUUAAACACCAGAGAAUCGACACUGGGGAGAAGCCCUACAGAUGUGACGACUGCGGAAAAGGCUUCAGUCAGGGCUCAGACCUGGUGAACCACUGGAGAAUUCAUACCGGAGAGAAACCAUACAUAUGUGCCGAGUGCGGGAAGGCUUUUGGUCAAGGGUCAACCCUCAUUAACCACCAGAAGGUUCACAACGGAGCGAAAGUCCAUAGACGGAACGGGCGUCAAAAGGCUUUCGGCCAAACCUCGGCCGUGGUCGGUCCCCGGAGAACUCACACGGAAGAAAAAUCCCCCGUGUAGUAGUUCUCAGUCCUUAAGGAAGGCGAUGUUCUUGGGGAAAUUUACCUGCGUGCAGGUCACUUCGCUUCUCCGUGCCUCAGUUCCCUCAUCUGUGUAAUUUAUGUUAAUGUCUGCUCAU